AUGCUGCUGCAGUCCGCACAAAACUCCGCUGGUAUCCAGACCCUCCUGGACGCUGAGCGAGAAGCUCAGAAGAUUGUCCAGCAAGGUGGGUUGCACGUUUUCGAUAUUAUAUACUUGCAAUGUUUACUGACUUUGAUCGUUCAGCCAGAGAAUGUACGCCGUGCUUGCCCAGCCUCCGCGAAACCCUGUGGCAGAAGAUGCCUAGAUAAACUAACUCGAGCAGAUCGCACCAAGCGAGUAAAAGAAGCUCGGACAGAGGCGCAGCGCGAGAUCGAUGAAUACAGGAAGCAAAAGGAAGACGAAUUCAAGAAGUUCGAGGCCGAGCAUUCGAGCGGUAACAAGACGGCCGAGGCGGAGGCCGGCAAGGAUGCCGAGACCCAGAUGCUAGAUAUCAAAGAGGCUGGCAAGAAGUCGGGCGACAAGGUUGUGAAGGACUUGAAAGGAAACUUUGAGCCUCCGUGUUUUAUUGCUAUGAGGCCCAUGGUUUCUCUUUCUCUGGUCGCUACUCGAUCCAGACCUCUGAUUCUCAAACACGGCCAACACAGUUUUUCUACUUCGUUGACACGUCGGGAUCGCGGCAGCGCAACAGAUCCGCGUUUUUCACGCCUGGGCACAUUGAUCGAAGACAAGUUUGCCGAUAUUCGAGAAAACUAUCAAACACCCAAAAACACGAUUGUGCUGGCCCAUGGCCUGUUAGGCUUCGACGAAAUCCGGCUGGCUGGGCCCCUUUUCCCGCCCAUACAGUACUGGCAUGGCAUCAAAGAUGCACUGUCGAUGAAAGGGGUCAAAGUGAUUACUGCCACGGUGCCUCCUUAUGGUUCGAUUGAGAAUCGGGCAGAAGAGCUCGUCAAGGACAUUGCUGCGGGGGCAAAGGGAGAUAAUGUUAAUAUCAUUGCACAUAGCAUGAUAGGCUCUGCAAUUGCGGAUUAUUUCAUGGGAUACGUCAACACAAAUGUUACCCGGCUACGCAAAUUAUCCAAGUCCAUUGACCGAAUUCCGCUCGAUGCAAGAGCGUUCAGCCAACUGACACGCACAUAUCUACAAGACGAAUUCAAUCCCAAUGUACCAAACAUAGAUGAUGUUCGGUACUUCUCCUACGGCGCAAUGUUCCAACCAGGGCUUUUCAACAUUUUCCGAUCCUUCCAUCAGUUACUCGAAGAGAUUGAAGGACCAAAUGACGGUCUUGUCAGUGUUGCGAGCAGUAAAUGGGGUGGCGAUGCAGGCUACAAAGGCACACUAGUCGGAGAAAAAGAGACAAUCUGGCAUAGAUUUAAUGCUAUUGCAUUCUACUUGGAUAUCGCAGGUAGGUCCUUCACCAGUUCCAUUAUUGCCGGCAUCGAGACUGACGAUAUGGCCAACCAGAUAUGUUAG